GGUCAACGUUGCCCAGAACGAGUUUUGGUUGCAACAGGUAAACACCACGACAGCACCUGAGCUUCGGUGUGCAACUCUUUCGGUUGUUGUGAAGGAAUAAGCAGCUGAUUAUUUCGUGUCUCAUGUUCUCCACCCAGUCAUGACAUUCAGGGAUUUUGCUUUCUUCGGGCUGCUGCUGUCCAUUAUAAAAAUAUCAUCAGCUAACCACGUUCUUCAUGGAGUGGGUGCUGAGAUAUCAAAUGUGGACAUCGAGUGUAACAGUAACAACAUAAUUGUGAGCGUCACAACACACGAUGAUUUCAAUGGGAUGAUCUAUCCAAAGGGACUCUCCAAGAACUCAUCCUGUCUCACAGAAUAUGAGCAUGCCGGCUCAAAGAUAUCUUACAAGCUUCCACUCAGGUCCUGCAACACCAUGAGCCACGACGUGGAUGAAGGGACGCUGGAGUUUUUCAAUACAGUCGUGAUCCAACCCCAUCAAAAACUUGUGACCAACCAAGGGAAGGGCUUCACUGUUCGUUGUCGCUACCAGAACAAACAAUCCACUUCUGUGAGUCAAAAUCCGAGUGGAAAAACUCCCAAACUUCCGCCGUUGCCUAACUGUUCGAUGAGGAUCUACAGUGGUCGACUGGACAAUCACGUGGUUGCAGAACACGUCAAAAUUGGAGAUUACCUCACUUUGGUGAUCGGGAUCGACAAACAAGAUUUCUACGGCCUCAAAGUAACAAAUUGCAUUGUUCAUGAUGGUCUCAGCUGGUCUGAACAGCCACUCAUCAACAACGAAGGCUGUCCCAUAGAUGAGGAGAUCAUGGGUCCGUUAGAAUACUCAAAGGAUCUGACCACUGCCCAAGUGACGUAUCCUGCUCACAAGUUCCCUUUCACCGCCUCCGUCUACUAUCAGUGUAACGUCAAACUGUGCCUCAAGAGGGAGGGUGGAUGCGACGAAGUACCUCCCAUCUGUGAUGACCUGGGUAACAACGUGCGCAGGAGGCGUCGCAAAAGACAGAGCGGUGAUGUACAAGACAGAGGAAACCUUGAAGAUUUGAGAGACGUCAAAGACCGCAGCGUCGAAGUCUUUUCUGGUUUGUACGUGAAUGAAGCCGAUGAACUGGACGAUGAAACUGAAAACCCCACUUCUUUGUCAUCUCGCUCUGACGACGAGUUUUGCGUUUCGACCAGAAAAUUCGCCAUCGGCAUCGCUAUAGCGGGUAUCCUCCUUACUCUGGCUGUCAUCCUGUUGGUCGCCUGCAUUGUCCAUCGAAGACGAAGGAGGAAAGGGUCAUCCACGGCAGGAUCAUCCAUCUACUCCGGACCUUAUUCCAAUCACGCAUACUCGCGAGAUUAAUUUUGUUUGGUGAAACGAACUCUUUUGCAGUCCCCCAAUACCUCUUCAUUCAUUAUUUAAGGCUGUUUUUUUU